UUCUAAUGCCCCUUCGCCAAGAAACGUAUCCGUUAUAAAGAUGCCGAUUCCUUAAUCGCUUUCAAUUUCGUUUAAUUCUCUCGUGAACUAUGACCGACCGAUCCGAUCUUACUCCUCUUCCUUCGUCGCCGCCGCCGGCGACUAUCGAACUUCAUGACCUAACGGCUAUUUCCGUCAUCGGCCGUGGAGCAAAGGGUGUCGUCUUCUACAUCCAUGAGCACUCCUCCGGCGAAUCCCUCGCUCUUAAGGUAAUUUCAAGGCCAUACAUAGAAUGCAAGAGAGCCGGCGGCGCCGCCGCCGUUGGCGACGACUGCCAAAGUGCGUACAGGCGGAUCUACUUUGAACGUGACGUGCUACUUGCUCUCAAUCACCCAUUGUUCCCCUCCCUCCGCGGGGUUGUUUCUACAGAGAAGAUUGUCGGAUUUGCCAUCGAUCACUGCCCUGGAGGCGAUCUGACCGCGCUUCGGCGGCGCCAGACGGAGAAAAUGUUCUCCGAUGGGAUCAUCCGGUUCUACGCGGCGGAAAUGGUGCUGGCAUUGGAGUAUCUCCACGGAUUAGGGAUCGUCUACCGAGACCUGAAGCCCGAGAAUGUUCUGAUUCAGGAGAACGGGCACAUAAUGCUCGUCGAUUUCGACCUCUCCACCAAGCUUCCGCCCUUCAAAUCGCUGCCAGAAAUACCCCGAUCAGAACCCCAGUCCGCUCAGAAGAAAAAGAUGAACCGAUCUCUUUGCAGAUGCUUCUCCGGCAGUUCCGAUGUAUCGCCGGCGACUCUCUGUUCUGAUUACUCGCAGGAGACAGCAAAGUCGAAUUCGUUCGUUGGUACGGAAGAUUACGUCGCGCCAGAGAUCAUCCAGGGCAACGGCCAUGAUUUUACGGUCGACUGGUGGUGCCUCGGCGUGGUAUUAUACGAGAUGCUUUACGGCCGGACGCCUUUUCGGGGGAUUAAUCGGAAAGAGACGUUCUACCGGAUACUUACCAAGUCACCGGAGCUCUUCGGCGAGAAGACGGCUCUAAGAGAUCUGAUUGGACGGCUUCUAGAAAAGGAUCCGGCGAAGAGAAUCGCCGGCGGGGAGAUACGUAGCCAUGAGUUCUUCCGAGGAGUGGAUUGGGAGUCUGUUGUGGUAAUUGCACGGCCACCGUUUAUUCCGGAGGUGGCAGAACCGAAGGUCUGGGCCGAGGUAUUGGACAUCGAGAAAAUCGUCGAGGAGAUUUCUGGGAGUAGACGCGUGGAAACGGGGAAGCGUUGGGAGGGAAAUCUGGUGACAGAAGGGAGGAAUUCUUCUAGAAACGGCGACUUUGAAAUCUUUUAGUUGAUUUCUUUAUGGGUUGGAAAAUUGGCACGUACGCACUGACCAUUUCUGGUCAUGGUUAGCACUCCGAUUUUCAGCUUACAUCACAGAUCUAAGGUAUUGUAAAACAAAUGUAUAUGAAUAGAAUAAAUUAGUUAAAAAAAAGAGAAUUUCAUGCCUUUUA